UGGCCUUGCUUGGUUUGAAAUUUUGGACAAAAACUGGGACCAGUUAACUGGACUGUACUUGAAGGACUGCCAGUCUAUAGCAGAUGGACAACAAUCAAGCUGUCAGCCAUUCCCGUCCAAUGAGGAAAGAGAAGUUGCAUUUCUCUCACUGUUGUCUCUGUGGACCGAUUGCUUAAACAGUGAAGUAGGAGCUGUCAGCAAACUGCACAACAGCAAUGUCUUGUUGAAGUUAGUCCCAGCUUUGACAUGUACCAAAUCUUCUUUGGUUUACGCCAAUAUUUUGGAGGUCUUUUCUCAGUCUUUAACGUAUGAGCGGGAGGAAGAUAGUUCCUGUUCUGAGACUGUUACUUCAGUAGCCCAUGCUCUACUUCAGACCUUUGAUGAUGAGACAAUGCAGAGAGUGCCAUGGAAGGACACAUAUGUAGGGUUUGGUGGGACAGACUUCAUUGAGGGGCAGCUUGUGAUAGGACAGAAGAGAGGAGACUGGGUGUUGGUGCGAACACUUGUGCUGGUACUGCUGAGGGCUUGCUCCAUUGUUAGUGGAUUGUCUGGGCCAGAACAGGCCCAGGCUAUUAUCACCACCCUGCAGAGAUUGUCAUCAUUUGUGUGUGAGAAGUUAGCCAUGACAAGUGAUAGACAGUUCUCACCUGGUGCUGAAGAAGUCCGGGGGACUUGCUCACAGACUGGGACAUGGAUGUUCCAGCUGUUCUCUGACCAGGAUGACUCCAUGAUAGAAGCCAUGUUACGUCUACUGGACAUAAACACAGCUGUCAGUAGGUAUGCCACAGACUUUCUACAUGUCAAUGUGGUCACGUCGUUCAACCCUCACAGUAUCUUCCUGCAAUUCUUAGAGACCACCACCUGGGACCACUCCAUCCUCCUGGACCUCCUCAUCUCCAUGGAAACCAGCUUCCUCACCUACAUCACCAGAUACCUCCAUCUGGUCAUCACAGAAUGGCAGGCAUUCCUCAAAACUAACCAGAUCUAUUCUGGAGCAAAGGUGGACACCUGUGGGUCCUCUGAUUGUGGUACUGAGAGCAGAGGAGAGGGUUUUGGUAUUCCUAACUGUGACAAACCGGGUUUUAAUCAGACUGGAGAGAAGCAUUGCAAAAGCCCUCCCCUUCCACAACCAAAUCAUACACAUGGAAAGCAAUUGCAGAAAAAUGUCAGACAGCAUUAUGACCAAACCUCUGCUACGGAAAAAAAAGAGCUAGAUAAUAUUGAACUUGAUGAAGUCCCUGUACUUAAGGUUGUAACAAUGCCUUUGCCUAAUAUCGAUCAUUUUGAAAUGGAUAUUGCUGGACAGGUUCAACCUGCUGACACAAAUGUAGAGACUCUACUGUCUAAAAAUCCUAAAGAAAAUUGUGAGGGGGAGAAAGGUGUCUCUUCCAGUGAGUCUUCCGAUGAUGACGCUGACUCAACUGACAAUGUCGAGGAAGAAUCCACUUUGGAUAGAACCAUGGGGGUGUUGAUUAGGCUAAGGCUAGCCGUGGAGAGACUGAGUGAUAAGAAGUUGUUCCCUUAUAAUGUCAGCCCACUUCUAAGACUGCUGGCUAUGGUUGAAGAUAAGUAUGAAGAAGUAUGAAUUUCUGCAACAACUUUAUUAUGUGAAAUGUACAUUUUGAUGUAUUGCAGCUAUGAGAAAAGGAAGUACCAAUGAGUAGAUGUACAGUAUUACGUUUUCAAUGGUAACAUUAUUUUUUUUAGCAAACACAGUAGAGCUGGAAAUGUCCUAGAAAGUAAUUUUGGCUACUUUAAGACUAGUGGUAAUGUGGUGGCAGAACUGAAAUAGCUCACAUUACCUGGUAUGUUAUGACUAAACACUCACAAAAAUAGCAAACCAGAAACCUUGUUGUCAAGAAUGAAACAUUUCUUCUAUACAAACUUUAAGGUAUUGCUAUGGGGUGAUUUGUAUGUUCAUCAGAUAAAGUUGCCUUAUCUUUGGAAAUAUGAUGCAACAUAGAAUUCUGCCAUUUAACAUAGAAUACAAUUUAAUACAGUACUGAUGUCAUAGAGUUACUAGAGUUACAGUAACUGAUUGCAAGCCUUCUUGGCACUUAAUACAUCUGAAAGCAAUUUCAUCAGGUUGGUAGAACAUAGGAUAUUGGAGAUUUCUUUUUCACAAUCUGUAAUG